AUGAGGUUCUUCCUUGGAGUUAAAGUAAGUCAAAAUGCGAAUGGAAUCCACUUAUGCCAAAAGAAAUAUGCAAGAGAAGUUUUGGAAAGAUUCAAUAUAUGGAAUUGUAACUCUGUCAAAAAUCCAAUAGUUCCUGGAACUGUAUUAUCAAGAGAAGGUGGAAAAGAUGUCGAUUCAAUUUUGUAUAAGCAAUUGAUGGCUAAUCCUAAGGAGGAACACAUGAUGAUUGCUAAAAGAGAAUUGAGGUACUUAAGAGGUACUUUGGACUUUUCCUUAUUUUAUAGAAGAAGGACUGCCUCGAAGCUUUUGGCAUAUAAUGAUAGUGAUUAUGCAAGAGAAGUUAAUGAUAGAAAGAGUACUUCAGGGUAUGUGUUUCUAUUAAGUGAGGCAGCAGGUUGUUGGAGCUCAAAGAAGUGA